UCUAGCUGUUUGUAAACAAACGCACAAGGGGUUGCGGUUUCCACCAGUUCCUAUCAGCACAAAGAGAUGACUGACCACGAUACACUGACACAGCCACAGGAGGGUGACUUUGUCAGCCUCUACUGCACGCUGGGACGAGGAAUGGACCCCUUUGUCAAGGCAGAGCUCUUACAAGUGGAGCAAAUUAAAAUUUUGAAAGCGAUCGAGGGGAAAAUAUUUUUCGAAACGCCGACCAGCAGUGCGAAUAUUCGGCCGACAACCGCAGAAAGGGUGCUUGUGCUCAUUUAUCACAACAAACAGCAAAUCGAGCCAAACACGCCAGCCCCUCUUGCCUUUACACAAUUGCAAAAAAUGCUAACAAACGGAGUUCCCUGGGAGAGAAGCGUAAGAUACUGGAGGCUUCUUAAGGACGAGGAGUCGGAAGAAAAAGUGUUAGCCAGACUGAACGUAAAAGUCAGCGGCGGCAAAAGAAAAAUUUUUAAACCAGAAAGACUGGCAGGCAGCCUGAGCAAGUGUCUGCGGCUGAGCGUGCAAUCCCUGGAGUUUGUCGCGAGGGGCGCUCAAGUGAGCAUCGACGUGCACGUUUCAGACGCUUUUGUGACUGUCGGAAUGGCCUUAACUAGCGGGACACUGCAGUUUGGACUCAGGAGCACCACGGCCAGUGCGAUGGCCAUGUGUCUCACCCUCAGUCAUGACAACCUCAGGUUCUUUGAACGACCACUGAGCACCGGAGAAGUUAUUUUAGACCCGAUGUGCGGAAAGGGAAGCAUACCAAACGCAAAGUGCCUCUUAAGGACUGUGAAAAUCGGAGUUGACAACGAUCCAGCGCAGCUUGCAGUGGCCAAGGUUUCUAAUAAUACUUUACUUCUGCUCGCUGACGCGACUAAAUUGCCUUUGAGGCGUGAUUUGGUGGACCACAUACUGUGCGAUUUGCCCUUUGGCUUGAAAUACAGCAAAGACGGCUUUAGAACCCUCAUCCCCGACGUUAUGAGUGAGAUUGUGCGCGUUUUGAAGCCUGGUCGUCGAGCCAUUUUGCUCUUUGCAAGAAGCGAGAGACAAUUUUUAAAGGAAUGUGCCGAAAAUUGCGGACUCAAGUUGAUGAGGACGUUUGAGAUAAUGCUUGGUGUGUUGGAAGCAGAAAUAUUUGUAUUUUUAAAGAACAAUGAACUGACCUGA